ACUAAACACAAAGCAAUUGUUUAAACAACAAUUUAACUACAAUAAAAACGUUAAAAUGUCUCACAAUAUUAAUGUUGACAGUGAUUCUUGUACAGAUAUUUCUAGAUCUGCAGUGAAUCCGAUUUGUAAAGUAGAAGAAAACGAUCGACUACAUAACAAUGACAGACGUCCCAGUAACAGGCAUUCUCGCAACAGGAGUUCCAAUAAGUAUGCAGGAGGUAAACCAAAAGGACCCCAAAUGAAUCAGGGAAUCAAAGAGGACAGUUACAUUAAUGACAAACUUAACUCCAUAAAUCAAAGCACAGACCUUCCACCUUUGUGUUUGGUCGAACAGAAGUUUUCAGGAAGAAGUCGCCUUUUUAUCGGAAAUUUACCCUCGGACGUCACAGAAGAGGAAAUAACAUCGUUAUUUGCUAAGUAUGGAGAAACCCAGGAAGUUUACGUAAAUCCGGCCAAAACUUUUGCAUUUAUAAAAUUAGAUUAUUACGCGAAUGCGUUUAGGGCAAAAACGGAGUUGUUUGGUUACAAUCUGAGAGGGAGACAUUUGAUCAUUCGAUUCACUCAUCCGGCAGCUAUAUAUGUUAAAAAUUUGUCCCCCAAUGUUACAAACGAGCUGCUAUACUUGGCUUUUUCCGUUUUCGGGGACAUUGAAAAUUGCUACAUAAUUGUCGAUGAAAAGGGCAAAUCGAAAGGCGAAGCUGUUAUUGAAUUUGUGAAAAAAGGAAGCGCCACAAUUGCUGCGAAAAGAUGUUCCGAGGGCUGUUUUAUCUUAACAGCUUCUCUGCGACCAGUCAUUGUCGAAAAAUUUGAGCCUUGGUUUGAUAUAAACGGAUAUCCGGAAAUUUUGGCAAAAAGGAACGAAGACUACUAUCGCGAAAGAGAAAUGACGCCCAGAUUCGCAAAUCCUGGUACUUUCGAGUACGAUUACGCCAAACGUUGGAAAGAUCUUCAUGAAAAAUACAAGUUGAAAAUGACCUCGCUAAAAAGCGAACUCUUCUACGAGGAGCAAAAGCUGGAAGCGGAUAUGAUAGCAGCCCAAUACGAUCACGAAACGGAUCGCCUUAAGAAAAUGCUUCAGCUUAGGGAGAUGGACAGGGAAAGGAUUAAACAGGAAUGGGAACUUAGACAGAGACAGAUUGAAGACCGGUGUUUACGGGAGAGGCAAAGUUAUUGCACUUCUAACUCGAUCUCUCAAGACGAAAACAAUUUAUACCUCCAGGCCAGUCAAUUAAAUAAUUUGUUGGAACGCGAGGAACAAUUACAGGAGCAGUGGCAAAUGAACCACUUCACAAGCUCAUCUUCUUAUGAACAAAGAAGCGAUUAUAUGAAACGUGAAGCUAAUGAUUCGGAAUGCUGGGUCAAUUUAGGUGAAAAUUACAAUCCUAGAGGUCACAAAAGACUAAGACAUUGAUUAACUUUUUUUCUUGUUAACUUACACUAUA